AUGAAUGCUAGCAAUGGCAGUGGCGGCGGGGAGAAGAUGGUAGAGGCAUGGGCGUAUGCUGCCGGUGGACGGGAGGCCGCGGUGCGGUGUGUGGUGGAGACCGGCGGGGCGGCGAUGAGGGCAAUGGUCGGCUCCGAGGCUGUGGUUGUGGUUCCGUACACGGCGAUUGUACUGCAUGCGGCUUCGACCGAUGAUGUUGCUGAGCGAUAUGUGGUCAUCCAAGUCGAUGAUGCUGCAGACGGGGUCAUGGUGCCGGACGGGUGGAGCAGUGGGGACAUCCGGCUGGCCCCAGUCGAUGCGAGCGAUGUGGCGGUUGUUGUUGCCGGGCUCACCCAGGGCAUCCGCGACAAUCCGGUCGAGGUGGACGAAGAGGCGAUGGCUAGCAUGAUGGCGAUGAUGAGCAUGAUGGCUGGGAUGCAGGCCGGGCCGAUGGAGGCCGGUGGCAACGACGGAGGCGACGAGGGCGACGCCAACGACGACGAUGGAGGUGUGGUGGCCGUGGCGAGCCUCCCUUCCGGCCUCAUCCGGAGCGAGGAAGAGAUGGAGGCUGCUUUGGCAGAUAAUCCCGAGGCGCGGGCUCGGUACGAGCGGCUGUGCUCGGUGCUGGUGGUGGAGGACAGCGGGGCUGAGGACGACGAGGAGACGGGAGAUGGAGAGUAG